AUGAUGAAUGGCAAGAACACAACGUCAAGAACCAAAAAAUUGAGAAGACUUGAUAUCUCCGACGGCAUUGCCACCUCGAACAUUGCAAGGGAUUCAGCACCACCUGACAGGUCCGAUUGCGCGUUCAUUGCGAGUUCCAAAUCCAGAAGAAAUUCUGACUCCCCCUUGCACGGAUGCGAGAGCGGAAUUGUACGACCGUGA